AUGUAUAAUAUAGAAGAACAUAAAUGGUUGAAGAAUCUUUACAAUAUUCGACACAUGUGGUCCACAGCUUUUAAUAAUGAUGUCUUUAGUGCUGGAUUGAAAGCCUCAUCUCGAAGUGAAAGUACUAAUCAUGUAUUAAACGGGCUUGGUGACUUGAGCACUUAUUUGCACAUAUUUGUCACUAACUAUGAGAAAAAUGCAGUAAAUAAGUGGCGGCUGAGUGAAGAACAUGAAGACUUCAACUGUAAACAAGGUAGACCUACUCUUGCUGUAAAAGGUAGUCCAAUUUUAGCUCAGGUUUCUAUCGUCUACACUCACAAGAUUUAUAACAUGUUUGAGAAAGAGUUUCUCAAAGGAGCUGGGGCUUGUUAUAUUGAGGCACAAGUAUAUUGUGAUGGUCAAGUGUCCAAAUAUGAAGUAAGAAUGCAUAAUUCAACCAAGAAUUGGUUUGUGGAGUUGGAUUCCACAACUUUACAUGUGACAUGCACUUGCAAGAAGUUUGAAUCUGUGGGUAUUUUAUGUGCACAUUGUCUACUAGUUUUCACUUCUAAUAAGGUUAGAGAAAUCCCGGCGAAAUAUAUUUUGAAGAGAUGGACCAAAGAUGUGAGGAAAAGAAUAAAAGAUUUGCCAAGCAAGAGCUGUUCUAGUAAUGGAAAUUCGGAAUCAUCUGAGAUUGUUUACACUAAUAGUGUGAUGAAGACUUGUUACAAUCUUGUUUAUCUUAGCAAAUCUAAUACAGAGUGUCGAGAAAUUUUUCAAAGACAUCUAGAAAAUGCUUCAGAUGAAUUGGAUGACUAUCUAGGAAAAUUGGACAACACUACUGUUCAUUUUUCAGCAAAAAAUGGUAAGAAAAAUAUAGAAGACAAGGUAUUGGAUCCUCUGUAUGUAAGAGCACCAGGCGUUCGCAAAGAGCGUAUUCAAAAUCAUUGGGAGAAAUCCAAAAAGAAAAAAACUACUCAACCGACUCAUGCGAGAACUAUGAAAUCUCAAAAAGUUGAUGCACCGCCAAUAAAAAGUUUGUUUGAGAACAAUGUAUACACUCCUCGUCAAGCAACAUCGCCUAUAUCAGAAGUCAAUUUACAAGAUACUGCUUUUGACCUGGAUUUGGAUGACUCAAAUGUCUCAUUUUUAACCUUGUUACAAGGUGUUGAGAAUACUACACAGCAAUCAUCUGCAAGUACAUGGAAAUCAGGACGAAACUACAAUUGA